GGACCAAAAAUCGGAAAUGGUGGAUCAACGCUUCAUGUUCUUCAGUGCUUGGAAGAUCUGUAUGGUGAUAAGUGGAUGUCUUUUAUCGUGCUGCUAAUUCAUUCUGGUGGUCACAGCCAGCGGCUGCCCAGCGCCAGCGCCCUGGGGAAGAUUUUCACGGCGCUGCCUUUCGGUGAUCCCGUUUACCAGAUGCUGGACCUGAAGCUGGCCAUGUACAUCGACUUCCCCAGGCACAUGAAACCGGGCAUCCUCGUCACGUGUUCGGAUGACAUAGAGCUGUACAGCACUGGAGCCACGGAGACCAUCGCGUUUGACAAGCCGGGGUUCACCGCGGUAGCGCACCCCUCAGAUUUGGCAGUCGGGACCACUCACGGAGUGUUUGUUUUGGAUCCGUCCAGUUUCUCGGGCAGAGGAGGACUCGAGUACGCCUCCUGCCGCCAGUUCCUGCACAAGCGCGACGUGGAGACGAUGCGGCGGUGCGGAGCAGUGUGUGCCAGAGGGACGCGGCCCCAGCGCAGCUGCCCCGGGGACCGCGGGGGCUCGGGAGCGGGCUCCGAGUGCGUCUACACCGACAGCGUGUUUUACAUGGAUCAGAGCACUGCGAGGCGAUUGCUGAGGUUCUACCAGGAGCUGGGCACCCUUUGCUGUGAAAUAGACGCGUACGGUGACUUCCUCCCGGCCCUGGGGCGGGGGGCCGCUGGAGAUGACGCCGAGCAGGCGAGCGAGGUGGCGAAGGAGGAGCCGCGGUUAGCGGAGGUGCGGCAGAAGCUGCGCUCCCUUCUGCGGGGGACGGCGCUCCACGUUAUCGUCCUGAACAACUCCAAGUUCUACCACAUCGGGACCACGCAGGAGUACCUGUUUCACUUCGCAUCGGAGAGCGAGCUGCAGUUUGAGCUGGGCUUGGUGCCCGUGGCGUUCAGCAGCGUUCCCGAGCAGGGGGGGGCCGUGGGUCGGUCGGCAAGCGUCAUCCACAGCGUGCUGGAGCCGGGCUGCGCCCUCGCACCCCGCACCCUCGUCGAGUACUCCAGGAUCGGGCCCGAGGUCUCCGUCGGGACGCACAGCAUCAUCAGUGGAGCACACAUGGAUUUCAAGGUGGACGUGCCUUCAAACUGCUUCCUGAGUUCGUUAAGUGUGAGAACUAACGACCGACUGCAGUAUGUGAGCAUGGUGUUCAGUGUGGAGGAUGACCUGAAGAGGAGCGUGACGUGCCUGUCGGAUAUCCGCUCCCUCCGGUUCUUUGGAGUCGGGCUCCUCGAGUGCUUGGACCUCUGGGGUGUGAAGGUUUGUGACCAGCUCUUCUCUGGUGGGAACAGGCGGCUGGGGCUGUGGACUGCCAGGAUUUUCCCUGCUUGUCCCACCUUGAGCGAGUCAGUUAGGAUGUCCUUACAAAUGUUAAACUCUGUGCAGCACAUGUCAGCUUUUAAACUAGACGGCUUCAAGCUCCUCUCUGUGGAAGAGAUGCUCACCUACAAAGAUGUAGAAGACAUGCUGAAGUUCAGAAAGCAAAUUUAUGACGAAAUCUGUCUGCAAAGACAAAAAGACAAGUCUGACUUGUAG